AUAAAUGACGUGCCGAGAGAGCGGGCGAACGCGCAGCCGGGAGAGCGGAGUCUCCUGCCUCCCGCCCCCCACCCUUCCAGCUCCUGCUCCUCCUCCGCUGCCCAUACACAGACACGCUCACACCCGCUCCCUCACUCGCACACACAGACACACGCGCGCACACACACUCCACUCUCCCGCGCGCUCACACCCCUCUUGCCCUGCGCCCUCGCCGUUGCAACGCCGCCGCGCCGCAGCCGGACGCCCCUCCUAGGCUCACUUGGCGACGCUGACAGCGCUGGCGGUGGCCGUGGAGGUGGGAGCUGCGGCAGCAUCCUCCCCCUUGGUCGCAGCCAGAACCAGGACGCCGGGGGAACCUCUGAGCGGCGCUCUCCCAUGAGUCGGGAUCACAGCAUCCCUCACCAGCAGCUCACCGUCUCUGGGAGCCCCUGGGCUCGUGCACCGCAGCCCUUCCGGGACAGCAGCCGUGACUACCCCCCAGUGCAGAUUUCGGGGCAGCUCUCUAGAAACUCGCUCUAAAGACGGAACCGCCACAGCACUCAAAGCCCACUGCGGGAGAGCGCAGCCCGGCAAGCCCGGGCCCUGAGCCUGGACCCUCAGCGGAGCCAGGCAGCACCGCCGAAGCUUCGCCUCGCCUGACGUCCCUGCCUCCAACGCUCUCAGCCUCUGCUGGAGAGACCCCCAGCCCCACCAUUCAGCGAGCAAGAUACCCUCCAGAUAUGCCCUGCGUGCAAGCCCAGUAUAGCCCUUCGCCUCCAGGGUCCAGUUAUGCAGCACAGACGUAUGGCUCGGAAUACAGCACGGAGAUCAUGAACCCUGACUAUGCCAAGCUGACCAUGGACCUUGGUAGCACAGAGAUCUCGGCCACAGCCACAACGUCCCUGCCCAGCUUCAGUACCUUCAUGGAAGGCUACUCCAGCAGCUACGAAAUCAAGCCCUCCUGCGUGUACCAAAUGCAGCCUUCUGGGCCACGGCCUUUGAUCAAAAUGGAAGAGGGCCGCGCACCUGGCUACCACCAUCACCACCACCACCACCACCACCACCACCAUCAUCACCAGCAACAGCAGCCUUCCAUUCCAACCCGCUCUGGCCCAGAGGAUGAGGUGCUGCCCAGCACGUCCAUGUUCUUCAAGCAGUCCCCGCCGUCCACCCCUACCACGCCGGGCUUCCCGCAGCAGGCGGGGGCGCUGUGGGACGAUGCGCUGACCUCCUCGGUGCCCGGCUGCAUCGCGCCCGGCCCCCUGCUGGACCCGCCCAUGAAGACGGUGCCCCCGGUGGCGGGCGCGCGCUUCCCCCUCUUCCACUUCAAGCCCUCGCCGCCGCACCCGCCCACACCCAGCCCCGCCCCCGGCGGCCACCACCUGGGUUACGACCCGACGGCCCCUGCUGCGCUCAGCCUGCCGAGGGGAGCCGCAGCCGCUGCGGGCAGCCAGGCUGGCGCACUCGAGGGCCAUCCUUACGGGCUGCCGCUGGCCAAGAGGACGGCCGCGCUGGCUUUCCCGCCGCUCAGCCUCACAGCAUCCCCUACCGCGUCCAGCCUGCUGGGCGAGAGCCCCAGCCUGCCGUCCCCGCCCAACAGGAGCUCAUCGUCUGGAGAGGGCACGUGCGCUGUGUGCGGGGACAACGCCGCCUGCCAGCACUAUGGGGUACGAACCUGUGAGGGCUGCAAGGGCUUCUUCAAGAGAACAGUGCAGAAAAAUGCAAAAUAUGUUUGUCUGGCAAAUAAAAACUGCCCAGUAGACAAGAGACGUCGAAACCGAUGUCAGUACUGUCGAUUUCAGAAGUGUCUCAGUGUCGGGAUGGUUAAAGAAGUUGUGCGUACAGAUAGUCUAAAAGGGAGGAGAGGUCGGCUGCCUUCCAAACCAAAGAGCCCAUUACAUCAAGAACCUUCUCAGCCCUCUCCACCUUCUCCUCCAAUCUGUAUGAUGAAUGCCCUUGUCCGAGCUUUAACAGACUCAACACCCAGAGAUCUUGAUUAUUCUAGAGUUGCAGUGUUGACAGAAAUGAUUGGUUACCUGCUGUGAUCUUUUUUCUCUCAUCUCCACCCUCAUUAGACUGUGAAGCCUCCUCUCUGCACCUGAUCAUAAGACUCCAUAUAAAAAGCAUAGUAGAUUCUUAGCACCAAAUGUUGAGGACUCUUGUUCUGAUUACAAGUAGCAUCUCUUGACUAAACUCAAGUCUUGAAUAAUAAUAUUACAGAAUAAUGCAGUGGUUAAGGGUGUGGGCUUUGAAAGUAUGCAGGCCUAGAUGAAAAUCCCAACACCAUCAUUUACUGACGAGCUGAAUGACCCUUACUAGCAACUGAUUAAACCUUUUGAUGCCUCAGUUUCCUUGUCUGUGUUAUGGGGUAAUAAUAUGUGCUUCUUGCAGUUGUUUAUGAAGAUUAAUACGAUAUUAUGUGUCAAAGAUUUAGCACAGUACUCUAUUAUUUCCUUAACCAAACUUUCUUCCUCUACCCACUUGUUGAACAUACUAGUAAGUAUGAACAUUACAUAUAUCAGGCACCAUUCAGCAAUGCCAUUAAGAUAAGCAUUAUGAUCUGUAUUGCACAGAUGAGGAAAUUAAAACUAGGAGGGUCUAACAGGCUGACUUGUCCAAGGUCACAUAGCUAACAUACAUUCGAGAUAAAAUUAGGAGCCAAGUAUGUUGGACCCAAAAUCUGUGCUGCUUAAUACCAGGUUUCAUUGCCUUGUUGAUUUCAGUGAAAGUGGGUGCUAGAUAAAUAUUUGGGAGUGAAGACUUCUCCUCCCUGAAGCACCCUGGCCUUCUCCUUAUGUAAUUGGUCUGCAUUAAUUGAGCUUCUAGGCACUGCUUUGGCUAAGGCUACAGCCCACAAUCUGAUAUUGUUCUAGGGCAUUUGACAUCACUAUUGAUGGAAAGUCCAGAGAAGAUGGGCCCCCAAAGUGAUAUUUUGGCCCCAAAUUAUCUAACUAUCACUCUACAUGGCCUAAUUACUCAUUCAAUGGCAAACCCUCCCCAGCCUCUGAGCUGUCCCAGCUGUGAACUGUCUCCACACUGAAAAAUCAAUCUAGUGUGUUUGCUUGCCUCUGCACCAUUCAGUCUGUUAGUCUAGAGUCAUCAUCCUCAUCAACAAACAUUUAUCCAAUUUAAUUGUUAGCUUUGUCCAAAAUAGCAGAUUGACCAUGCCAGAGUCUGUGUCAUAUUGAUAAUACCUAUGGGCCUGGCUCGAUUUUGCAAAGCAUAUUUAUUUUAAUUGCAUUGUUUGGAAUCAAGUUGAACCUCAUAGCUUGGGUUCUCCUGCUUUUAGAUAGCUUUAAAAAAUUAUCAAAAAUUGGACCAAAAUCAACUAAAUUAAAAGACUUUUUAAAAAAUACAGUGAGUUUUCAUCAAAAACUUGGAUGAAGGCAUAGGAGCAUGCUGAUCACAUUUGCAGAUGACAGAAAGCUGGGAGGGAUAGCUAAUAUGAUGGAUGUCAGUAUCAACAUUCAGAGUGAUCUCGACAGGUUGGAACAGGAAGGGCUGCAACCAUCAUGAAGAAAGUUAACAAAAAUAAAUGUGAAGCUCAGCUUUUAGAAUUAUAUAAAAAAUGGGAAAGCCUUGGCUUGUCAGUGGUUCAUGUUAAGAAGAAGCUCCGGAGUUUGUUCCAUAGACAUUCAAUGUAAACCAACAAAAUCUGUGUCUGGUGAAAGUGAGGGAUGCUGAAUUACCUGCUGCAGUGCUAGAACUAUGAGACCAGAACUAAAUUUAGAGUGGUCCCAUUGACUCUGUCCUGUUAGAUCAUACUUCAAGAAUUGAGUCCAGUUCUAAGCUGGGGUUUAAAAGGCAUAUGGAUACGCUCUUUCUGGAAACUUGUAAGGAAUGGUUGGAGGAAAUGGACAUACAAAUACAGAAUAGGAGAAGAUUUGGUGGAAUUAGGUCACUCUUUUGCCUUCUGGCGAGAAAAAAAAAAAAAGGGACUGUCACUCCUGCUGGCAGAUGUAGGGAGAGAAGGAGAGGGACAGGCGAAUUCUUCUGGCCAUAUAAGCAGCUGUCAAAGUAUGAGAUCAACAACACGAGAAGUAAUCAAGGAGAACAUGUAACAGGAUUCCUCACAAGGGGAAAGGUUAUGCUAGAUGACAUUAAGUCUCUUCCAACUCUUAAGAUUUUAUGAUUUUGAUGUUUACUUUAUUGUCUUUAAAUGCCCGUAUUUGUAUAUGCAUACACAUAUAAGACUAUAUAUGGUUAAGUAACUUGGUAUUUACCAAAAUUGAGCUUGCUUUCUUCUCAAACCAUUAGUACAUGAAAUGAAUGAAACAAAUAAAUUUUUUGAGUACCUACUUUGAACUGUUCAUCACCAUAUAUUCUUAGAUAAUUUCACUUAGGCCCCCAGCUCUGUGGGGCAUAAUUUAUGGUUUCAGUCAUUUUUAAGACUGUCAUUUGUUGAAAUUCAACUUUCAUAAUGUCUUCCCCUUAGUAUUUAAUAUUUGCAAAUUCAUAGAACUGGUAGGGCCCUGAGAUCAUCUAAUCCAACCCCUAUAACUUUAGACAAGUAAAAUAAGGGUUAAAGGGGUUAAUUUGCUUGCCAAAGAUCAGUGGCAGAGCUAGGAUGAGAUCCAAAUCAUAUCACUCAAGGUAGUGUUUUUAUUUUAUCAUACUGCUUCUGUUAUUUAAUGGCAAUUUAUUAUAUUUUUAAUAGAAACUGUAUUAGAUUUUUCUAAAAUUACAACAACAGUAAAAUAAAAAGGCAAACCAUUUAGAUGUGGAUACAAUGAAAAACAUCUUUUUUCUUUUAUACCUGCUGAUUCCACUCCUCAACAGUAACUAAUGUGAGCAUUUUAGUAUGUAUCUAUAAUGUACUACAUUUUAAAUUUACCCUGUCAUGUUUGAGCCUGAGAGAGUUGAUUUGACCAAUACACUUUAUUAAAGGUGCCAUCUUCCCCCAGUGAAUCAGGUCAAAAAAGAAAGAAGAUUUUUUGCCAGCCUAGUAUGUUUUAACCCUCAUGUAUCAGCAUAUGUGUCUUUAAGGUAGAAAGUGAGCAGUUUUCUCCCUGUUAGUGGGAAAGGGAAGAGUUUUGUUCCAAGUCACAGAGAGAAUGAAUGUUUCAAGGGGCCAGAAGAGAGCUCCUGAGCUCUGACGCAUUCCUGGCUCUGGGACCUUCGCUUCUCCUUUGGGCCAAACUCCUCUCCCUCAUAAAUGAGCUCAGAUCAUUGUACAUCAGUGCAGUCAAAACAUGUCACAUUUGAUUUGUUUCUCCUCAAAAUGCUGCUAUUCUCUGCCCCACAGUUGCUUUUAAUUUAGCUGUACAAGUAUAUAUAGACACUGAGCUUGGCUUCAACGCCUGCAUAAUUACUUAUGAGGAAAUAUACUUAAUGUCCUCAUUGUUGGUCACUCCAAGUAUUUUUCAGCACACUAAGAUGAUUUCUGGUAAUCGGUUCCAGUUAAUGCAGACACAAACUGCAAAUACAAGAAAUAUUGCUCAGAUAAAACCAGGCACCAGCAAAUGGCAUUUAAAUGUUAACAAGAUAGCCUGUAAGAAACCAUGUGCCUAGCACGUGUUAGACCUAGGGAGUAAGCAGCAUGAAGACUGGCAGAGUGGUUUCAUGAAGCUUCUCAGAAAGCAGUCUCAAACUGACACCAGUUAAUUCACUAGAUGAUUUUAGGCCAGUUCCUAUCCCUCUGUGGACCUAAAUGUCCUUAUAUGAGUAGUGUAGAGAAUGGACCAACUGCAUACCUGUGAUCCCUUCCAGCCUUGUCAUUCCCUGACCCAUCAGCCCUUAUUCCUGCUACAGUUCCACAUAAGAGUACAAGUUAGCAUUUCCCUGAGCUGGAACCCAGUCUGCCUCUACCAGAAAGAGCUGUGGUGUUUCCUUUAAAAUGCAGAUUUCCAGACCAUACUUAGACCUCCUGAACCAGAGUUGAGGAAAAAAGGAAACAGGCAAGCAUCUGUAUUUUAAUAAGUGCUUUGGUGGAUGAUUCUUUGGCACACUAAGGUUUGAGAGCCACCAAUAUAGAUUAAUAAUGACAAUUUAAUUUUACCUUGAAUUGCCCAGUUUUUGUUAAAAUUGAGAAAGGACAAUCAAUAGAGAUAAUAUGUUUUCCAGAAAGCAAUGAAUUCAUUUAACAAAUAGCUAUUAAAUGCCUGCUGGGUGUCAGACAUUGUUCUAGGACAAUGGACACAUUGAUUGAUGAAUAGGACAAAGACCCUGCCUUCAUGGAACUUACACAGCAGUAAAAAGUGAAAGUAAAUACAUAACAGCAGUGAUGUCAUUGGUGAAAAGUGGGGGAAUUUUUGGUUUCUUGUUUUUUGGGGGGCAAAAGGACAGGCAGUUAGGUCAGAAAAAAGAAAUUUCGGGAAAAUAUAUUUAUGGCCAAUUUUCUUUUCAUUGACAAUUUUUUAGAUGGCCAUUUUUUAAAAGUGUAAGAACCUAAGUAUAUAGAUAGUUUGACAAUAGAAUGAUCAGAUCUAAAAUUUUUAGAACUAUAAAGUCCUAGGGAAAAGUAACAUACUAAAGGGAGAAAAACAAGUCCUUAGGCUAUUUUACAUAUUUAUCCAGGAAUGAAAAUGAGAUAAAUAUUCAGUUCCACUCUGCUGUUAAAGCAUCACAUCAAUAAUUUUUUUAGCACUGGUGGUCACCAUUCAAAUAACUUAUUUUAGGAGUAAGCUAUUGCUGAAGUCUGAUUUUUAUGGGCUGUGUUAUUGCCCUAUGAGAUUCAUUUUAGUUAAAGUAAUGUCUAUUGGUAUUAUUUGUAGCUCUAGAUUCUCAUUCCAGGUGCUUUGGAGAAAUUCACUGAAUGUAACAUUGUGUCUUUGACUCCACUAAAUCCACAAUCCAGUGGAUCGAGUAUUCAUGCAGGCUGGAAUGAAAAAUUAGCAUAAGCAGGAUAAAAGUUCAUUUAAAAAAUCUGUCUGUAUUUGUCUUGUGUUGGCAUAACAAUAAACAGAUAUUUCUAGAUUUUCUUUGGUGAACCCAAACCUGUCCCACCCAGAAAAAAUGGGCUACUGGGGAGCAGAGAAGCAGAAAAGGGCCCCAGUUCUUCCAACUCAAGGUUUAAACUACUAGUCCAGGCAGAGAAUGUAGGAUGUUUUGUUUUAUUUCUUUAAAUUUUAUGUGUAAUAAAGGAGAUGGUUUUUCUUUUCUCCCAGCAUUGGAUGCUGACCCUCCAGUCACCCUCAGGGUACUGGUGGAUCAGGCUGAAUCCAGUUUGGCUCCAAAAUUCUGGGACUUGGACCAGAAUCACUGCAGGUGAAGCCUACAGGGUCUGGCUGAAGACUGUCGGGCCAGGCCUGCUGGCUUUCCUUCUUGCUGAGCUCCAUCAGAGAAAAAUACACACACAGAGUAGGCAGAGACUGCUCUUCCCUGAGUGCAAGAGGCAUGAAAUAUAGGCCCAGCAGGAGCAGAAGCCUGCAGAGUAUGCUGGGUGAAAGCUAUACGGUCUGGUGGAUUCUGAACAAAUACUGAGAGCAGAACAAUUGUUGAGGUGUAAGCCAUGUUACAGGGCAGUCAGUGCAGAGAGGGUGUUAGAUUCCACUCCUGGGGAAAGUGUGUAUCUUUUUCUCUCUGUUUAACCCACUAUUUAAAAUAAUGCUAGAUUAGUGUCAAAUUUUAGGCAAUGACAUCAUACCUGGUAUGAUUUAGCAAUAUUUGGAAUCUUUGAUUGCAAGAGGCAGAAGAAAUCUGAGGGAGCAGCAAAUCCAGUCAAUUUCUGUUUGAGACAAAGAGACCCAGAAAGAUUAAGUGAUUUGUGUAUAG